UGCCGAUUUUCAACUCUGUAUUGAUUGAUUCCCCCUGUGUUUGUUACCAUCCUCCUCAGGCGAGCAGGACCACCCAUGAGAAUCUAGCUUCCGCCUCAUCCCUUGCGCGUUUUUCCUCUCCAAAAUUCCUUUUUUUUUCCCUCCUCUGAUUCAUGGAUCGCAAGGGCGCCUCCAAGUUGCUCCAGCCCCGGCGGCAGUUGGAUAAAGAGGAAUCCUCGCCGUCCACCGCCGGAGCGGAGCAAAGAAGAGACCUUUUGCCGGCAGAGAGUGGGCUGGGAGUGGCGGCGGUGGGGAAGGGUGAACAAAGGAAGCAGCUUGCGACCGCGCCCAAAAGGAGUUCGAACAAGGACCGGCACACUAAAGUCGAGGGUAGAGGGCGGAGGAUAAGGAUGCCCGCCCUCUGCGCCGCCAGGAUAUUCCAGCUCACAAGGGAACUGGGCCACAAAUCCGAAGGGGAGACCAUCCAGUGGCUGCUCCAACAAGCGGAGCCCUCCAUCGUGGCCGCCACUGGCACGGGCACCAUCCCCGCGUCAGCCCUAGCUACCGCCGCCGCCGCCGCCUCAGACCGUGAUGGUCUCCACCAGAAGCAAUUCGACGACCUAGGUCAGGAAGCGGGAGCCGGCGCCGCCCGGACCGCUUGGGCCGUGACGGCGGCCGCCGGCCUCGGACGCUCCUACCCUGGCAUGUGGCCUCCCCCGGUAGGCGGGUUCAACUCCGGAUUCUUGCACGCAGCGCCUUCAUGUUCGAAUCUUGCGGCCGGAGGCGGCGUCGAUGGGCCGGUAGGAAGCUUCGCGCAGCGAAUCGGAGCGCACGGACUCGAAUUCGCCGGCGUCAAUCUCGGCGGUAUGAGCUUUGCCCAGAUGCUGAGUGGGCACGGGCAGCAUCUGCCAGGGCUGGAGCUGGGGCUCUCCCAGGAAGGCCAUAUCGGAGCACUGAACCCUCCGAGCUUGAGCCAGUUCUAUGCGCAGCCAGGGCAGGGAGGAGAAGACGCUGCCGACGGCAGUGCAAAUGCACAACCACAUCACAAUCAUCACAAACAGCAACGGCAGCAGAAACAAGUUGCAUCGCCGGAGAACAAUUCCGAGGGAUCCGAAGAGUAGAAAAGGGAGUUCAAAAGCUGAAUUCGUCCCUGAGUAGUAAGGAAAUCGCUUUAUCAAUCCAACGAGAUUAGCAAGAUUUCAUUUUUGUUUCAGUACAUUAGUUUGCUUCUGCGUGUGCCUUCAAAAUUGACGUCAAAGAAAGUGAGAUCGCACUGGCAGCUUCCUUCCAUUAUUCACUGCAUUCAGGAUCCAACGUGCAGGUGACUGUAUAUUAUCAGUGGACUUGAAUCCAUUGGAAGGAUUUCUGCGAGGUUAAAACUAGUUCAAGGUUUGUAAUAGUAAUCUUAUAUCGAUGAUUGGCAUGAUUUGCAUCAAAUAAUAUCUAGAUGCCUUUAAGUUUUGCAUUUGUUGGUUGAGCUAAACAUGAUCAAUACUAGAUUGCUAGUUCAUACUUUUGUUUUAGUUAUCACUUGCAAUUGAAUCUUGACUGUUGAGUGCUCCUA